AUGUCAACAUACCUCAUAACUGGCACCUCCCGCGGCCUGGGCCUCGCCCUGGUGCGCCACCUCGCCAGCCUCCCCAGUUCCUCCGUAGGAACCAUCUUCGCAACAUCCCGCUCAGAACACCCAAGCCUCCAGGAACUCAGCCAACAAUCCGACCGCAUCCAGGAUGACCUGACCGAAGUGUUCCAUACAAACGUCACCGGAGUCCAUAAUGUCACCCGGGCAUUUCUCCCUCUGCUCCGCGAGGGACAGAGGAAACUCGUUGUUAAUAUAUCGACAACGCUUGGCUCAAUGACCCUCGCGCCGGUUUACAAACUCUCGCCAUCACCCGCUUACAAAAUCACCAAAGCAGCAUUGAACAUGUUGACGGUACAGUAUGCGCAGGAUUACGAAAGCGAGGGAUUCACCUUUCUCGCUGUGAGUCCUGGUUGGCUCCAGACAGAUGCGGGCGGGUCGAGAGCCGAUCUUCCCCCUGCGACCGGGGCAAAGGCAGUCAUCGAUAUCGUGCAGAAGGCAACUCCGUCUCAGAACGGAAAGGCUCUGAAUAUCCAUGUGCCGGGAUGGGAGGAGAAUAAGGGAUUGAAUCAGUAUGAUGGCAAGGAGGUGCCGUGGUAA